CAUGGUAACACGAACCUUCUGAAGACAAAUGGCAUCAAAUCCCUUUAUUCCUCAUCACCAUUCCUUACUUGGGUUUUCCUAAUCCAACAAAUUCAUCCCUAUCAAUCUAAAAUCAAAGAGCUCGAGAAAUUUCACACAGAGAAAACAAAAUGGCAAAUGUAAGUGAUGAGUUCAGACUAGUGUCACCAAACAAAAAUCAUGAAGGAAAAUUACCAAGGAAGUACACAGAUGAAGGACAAGGUGCUCGGAGGAAUAUGUCACCACCAUUAGAAUGGUACAAUUUGCCUGAAGGGACCAAAAGUUUGUCACUAGUAGUGCAAGAUAUUGAUGCACCUGACCCAAAUGGACCUAUUGUUCCAUGGGUUGUUUGGGUUGUGACUAAUAUUCCAUCAACUUUAAAGGGUCUGCCUGAAGGAUUUUCUGGUAAAGGAGAGGAAUUAGGUGGAGAUUAUGCUCGUGUCAAGGAGGGACAUAAUGAUGAAAAAGUCCCUGGAUGGCGUGGACCCAAGUUGCCAAAUCCAGGUCAUAGAUUUGAGUUUAAGCUUUUUGCUUUGGAUGAUGAGCUCAAAGGUCACGAAGGAUAAACUACUUGAAGCUGUAGAGGGUCAUGUUCUUGGAGAGGCUGUUUUGAUUGCCAUAUCUUGAAUGUAUAAUUUUCCAGAUGUGACAAUGUUGUUUCAUGUUACUUUAUGGCAUGAACUUGAACAGUUGAGCUAGUUAUUGUAAUAAUUAAUCAACAAGUGUGAGUCCACCGUUGUUUUAUCCGAUUUCUUAUUAUGUCUAGAACUUUGCAUAAUGCUGUACUCUGAUUCCUAGCCAGAAUUCGUAUCCUGGGCUUUUUGUGUAGGAGGAUUUAUUUCAUGUUGCUUCUCUCA